AUGUUAUAAAUCAAUGAUAAUGGUAGGAAUCAAGAUGAAAAAUUUGAACCCUAAUUAAUCACAAAGGAAUUUAGAAUCUAUCUUACCAACAAAAGUGCAAAAAUAACAAAAAGCGACGAGCAUUUAAAAUUUUCAAACAAGUAGGAUGAAUUUCGAAUCAAAAAGCAUUAUUAUUUGUUCAACCAAUAUCUUAUAAAGAAGAAUAAAUUUAUUAAUUUUGAAAAUUGUUAGAUAAGUUAUGAUGAAUCUAAAGCAAACUAAUUACAUGAUUCUUUCAUUUUAAUGUAAAAACAAGGAAAAAAGAUUCUAAUUUAGGGUAAAAUAGAAUCCUUGUUGAAGUGGUUUGAACAUUUAAAGCAUUAUGCUAUUUAAAGAAAUUUCAAAAAAUAAUUUAAAAAAUGUGAAUUACUUGGUAGAGGAUCAUAAGCAAAGGUUUUUAGAAUUUUAAAUAUAAAAACAGGAUAGACAUUCGCAACUAAGUAAUUUGAAAAAAAUAAAUUUUCGGAAUCUUCCUUGGAAAUAUCAAUUCUAAGGUAAUUGGAUCAUGAUGGUAUUACAAGACUAUUUGAAGUAUUUGAAAAUAAAAAGAAGAUCUACAUCAUAUUAGAAUGUUUAAAUGGUGGUGAAUUGUUGGAUUAAAUACGAUCACCAACAUACAAAUAUAACGAAUAAUUUGUCAUGGAUUUUGCAUCAAAUUUAUUAAAAAUCAUAGGCUAUGUUCAUUAAACAGGAAUCAUGCAUAGAGAUUUGAAACCAGAAAAUUUAAUUUUAAAAGAUUCAAAUAAUUAUACAGAUUUUGCAAUUGCUGAUUUUGGAUUGGCUGAAUAUUAUAAAAAUGAAGUUUAAUAUUUGGAAAAAUGUGGUACAAUAGGAUAUAUAGCACCGGAAGUCUUAAGAAAUUAGCCUUACAAUUAAAAGAUUGAUAUUUAUUCAAUAGGAGUUAUUUUAUAUACUUUAUUUACAGGUACUUUACCAUUUGCAGGCAAUUCAACAUAAGAAAUUUAUUAAAAUAAUUUAUAAGCAAAGGUAAAUUAAUUGUAAUUAAAAUAAAUCAAUAUUACUGAGAAGGCAAAGUAAUUUGUCUUUAGUUUAUUGAAUGAGAAUCCUGAGAGGAGACCCACAGCUUAAGAGGCUUUAAGGCAUGAAUGGUUCAAAUUACCUCCAAGUUUAACAAAUAAUUUAAUACUUUCAACGUAGACUAAUUUAUGUGGACAUAAAAAACAUCAGAAGUUUCUGAGCAUAAAAUGUACAUCACCAUUGUGGAAUAAAUCAAAAAUGAAAGACGGUUAGUUUGAAGAUAGCGAUGAUUCUAUAUAUAAUGAGAACUUAUAGGUUGUUAAGGACAGCAUUGUUUUUAAUGAUGAAGAUGAAGCUGAAUUAAUGGAUGAAGAAGAAAAUUAGGUUAAUUAAAUUCACUUUUCUGCCAAACAAUGUGAAAAGUAUUACUUCUCCAACACAAAAAUUAGAUUAUUAAAUGAAAAAAGGGAUUAGGGAUUAUUUUGA